AUGGACUUUCUGACCAUUCCUGUUUCUGUGGGUGAUUUUGUUUUGCAAAAGCUCUCAGAGAAUAUUUUAGGAAACUGGAAUAAAAAUUCAUCUUCUACUGAAUCAUCUGAUGAAAGUAGUUCACUAGAAUUUCAAUCUGCACCACCUAUUAAUGAAAUUGUAGAAGAUGAUAAUAAUUAUAUUCAACAAUCUUUUAAUAUAAUUGAAGUUAAUGAUAAUAAUAAUACUCAACAAUCUUCUAGUGAGACUAUAAUCGAAGAUAAUAAUAAUACUCAUCAAUUUUUGAGUGAGACAAUAAUAAUGAUACUCAUUAAUCUUCAGGUUAUACAAACAUUAGCCUCUACUAAUCCUAGCUAUCCCCAAGACUCUGUCACAGAGCACACAAUUAUUAGCAUAGACAACAAUAACACAAACUCUACAUCUGAUACAAACAAACCCCCUAGUACUAAAUCAACUAGUAUUCAAAACACUAGUACUAACCCUAACACCAACCGUAAAAGACCUAGAAACUUAUCUAAUAUUUCUCCAUUUGCUACUGCCUCGAAUAAAGCUACUAAGGCUGUAUUAGGCAAUACCUCAACUCCUAUUAGAAUACAAGCAA